AUGACCAACAUUCCUCCGCCGACUCCAGCUCCGCAGCUGAACGGAAGUCUCAAGCUCAACGAAGAGAUUGUGACCAAUGGGAAAGAGGCGCUUGAGGCUCUCCACGGCAUGAUUCAGUCGCGGCCCCCGCAGGAGCGCCUGAUGCUUCUCGUUCACCUGCAACAGAUCGAGAAGGCCUUGAGCCAUGUCGAGGAGAUGCACAAAGCAGUCUACGUGCUUCUAACUCUCGAUUUUUCUCAGAUCGACAGCAUGAUUGAAACGCUCGCUAUGGUAGCCGAUUACUUCGACCUCUGCAUGCCGAAUCGUGGCGCUUUCGAGAGUGACAUGGACUACAUCAAGUGCCUGACGCACUUUGACCACGUAAAGAAACAGCAGGUCCGACGCGCAGCAGCCCGCAUGAGCAAAGAGGCGGUCAUCGCCAAGGUCAACGAGCUCUCCGACCUGCUCGCUACCUUCACCACGGAUGAAUACAAGUGGGACUUUCAAGAGAAUCCAGCAACCUCUAUGCAGCCACCGGCCCGCGACAACGCUGUCCCUAUCAAGGAGGACUCGGAGGUCCAGGGAGACUUGGCCGCGCCUGAUCACUUCGCUUGA